UUCUAGUUACACUGUAGUAGAGUGUAGAGUGCCAUGCAGGCCAUCAGUGUAUGAAAGUUUCCUAGUCAAAGCUGCCAUCGCUGCUAAAAAAUGAUCCUGCUCCCUGGUCUGCUAUUUAUUCUCAGCGGAGAACCGGGUCGUUGUCGGGGGGAGGAUGGAGGCUUAACUUUUGAUGGAGAUAUCCGCCACUUCGCCGUGGCCACCAACACGGUUUACAUCGCUACAGAAAAGAAGCUGUACCAGCUGAGCCACGACCUCACUGUGGUCCAGAGUCUGAACCAGAGAGGAAUCUUGAAGGGCGGAAACAAGCAGUCGGACGAGGUGCAGUUUUACCGGGUUUCAGAAGAGGCUUGGAGGAACGCAACUUUUAGAGUCAACAUGCUAUUGCCAUUUGUUGAGAACGACACUUUGAUCAGCUGCGGGGUGACCGACAAUGAGUGUGGUUACUGCGAGGUUCUGGACCUGAUGAACAUCUCUAACAUUCUGUACAGCGAGAGCAUCCAAGUGGGACCACUGAGGCGCAGCAACGCGUCCGUCGCAGUCUUGGUGAAUGUGGAGAAGAAUCCAACCCGGAGCGACACUUACAUUCUGACCGCGAUACAGCAAUAUCAAGACCACUCCGAAAAGGGCAGCUGCACCUCAGAUUCCGUAACUGUCAACCUUCAGAAUACGAAUAACAAACAGACAGGGGGUAUAUUUUCCCUUAUUGAUGACCAAGCCACGCCUUCGGUCAAAAGUUCACGCGAUGUGGAGUUUGUGGACGGAUUUCAGAUCAAUUCAGUCAUAUAUCUGCUCUCCAACGUGCCCUCAGAUGAUAGAAGUAACAGAGUCCGUCUAAUUUGGCUUGAGGGCAAAACCAGCAAGACCCGAACUCUCAGGUCGCUGCGGGGUGCGACUCUCAAUAUUUCUGAAGCUGGUGGAGAAUGUAACAGACUCCUGGCCUCUUCGUUGAUCCCGGGCGGGCCGCCGGUGCUCUGGGGCGGAGUAUUCAGUAUGGACGUAGGACAGACCAACACCGAGCUGAUAGUGUUUGAUAUUAGUCCUGAUCUCACCGGAGAGGCCGAUGCAGAUCCAGACUUCUGCAGUAGUGUCUGUACUGACAAUCCAAGUUUUAAAAAGUCAAAGAGCCUGAAGCCGAAGGCAGUGCUCUUCAGGCAGAAGUACAUGACCUCUUUGCUGGCAGUGAGGCAGAAGGCCUGGGUGGUUUUCUUCAUCGGGACAGGAGACGGGCAGCUGAUUAAGCUCGCUGUAGAUAAGGACUAUCACACCGCCUGUCCCAUGAUACUCUACAGGGCCAAUGAUGACCGCCGAGUGUUUCCCAAAAUACAUCUGGAUCAAGUGGAUCGUAAACAUGUGUAUGUGCCAUUUCGAAACCAGAUGAUGCAUGUACCUGUGUCAAAGUGCAGAGCAUACACAAAUGUGCAGGAGUGUUGGUCUGCACAGGAUCCACACUGUGUCUGGUGUGGCUCUAAAAGAAGUUGCACAUUUGAAGAUGACUGCAAAGAUUUAGACUGGCUAUCCAUUCCUGCUGAUUACCAACAGAAAAUGGUUUCUUACAAAAUUAUAAAGGACCCAGCAGGCCAGAUCAUACUUAACAUCCAGACACACCUGACUGUGGGCCAGACGCCACUGUCUAACUUCGCCUGUCAAUUCUCUGCGAGUUCCAGUGCACUUUGUAACAUGAAUGGCCCUCCUCCACAGUUCCCACAAUGCACUUGCAUCCUCUCUGAUAGCAUACUUCCUGCUGAAGGCCUGGCAGUCAGUGUAAGAAUUAGACUUGGGACGACGCAGUUAUUAGAACAACUGACGCUAACCAACUGUUCUGACAUCAGGGGACCGCCAAGUUCUGUCUUGUGUCAGCAGUGUAUCAAGACUGGAUGUGGCUGGAGCCAAAACGAAUGUACCUGGGCAAAUGAAGGAGUGAGGAAUGACAAUGUUUGCCAAAUGAUUGAGUCAGGGAUGAACAUUUCUAGGCCAGAUAUCUCCUCCAUCACCCCGAGUGUCGUGUCUUUCUUUGGCAGAAACCAUGCGUUGUUGUCAGGUCAUAACCUCGGUGAUGUGACCGGCGUGAGGAUGCAGGAGUAUAUGGACUGCACUCCACAAGAAUCUCCUGUAUGGAACAACACAGGCGUGAAUCUGACGUUCCACAUUCCCAGUACAGCUAGUAAAGGCAUGGUCAAAGCAUGUGCUCUCCUCCCAGAUGGUAGUUGCCAUGGCAGCACUAAAAUCACCUACCGGUCAUCACCAUCCUGCAACAACAUUGUACCAAGCAGCACCUGGGCCAGUGGAAAGAGGAAGAUCACACUCAUGGGCUCUCACCUGGAUUUUGUGGAGGGGGUCACACACAGCCACGCACCGCAGGAAGUCAGGCUUCCUGGAAACAGCAACUGUCAGAAUCUCACCUAUGACACACCUGCGGCUGAAAACAUUCAGGGGACUUUUACCAGCACUGUGUUUGUGAAAGUAGCCAAUGAAACCUUGCCCUGCUCCACAAGCAUCACCUACUAUCCAGAGCCUGAGUUUACCAGCUUCACACCGACAAAGACAGGGGAUGAUGUGCGCAUCACCAUCGAGAAAAAGGCAGACAAACUGGAGAUGACAACAGCAGAGUUGUCAGUAUGGGGCGUUCAGGAAGGAAAACAAUACCCCUGCAUCAUGGAGGCCAAAGAAACUAACAACGAGACUGACUUUUUCACGUGUGAAAUUAAGAGCACACCUAAUGCUAAAUUUCAGCAGUUAAUGAUCAAGUAUGGAGAUGAGACAGUAAUACUGUACCUUAAAUCUUCAUUACUGUUCCUUCUGAUGCUGCUUGUCCUUCUGCUGAUACCCUGCAUUAUUAUCAUGGUGGCAAUUAUCUACCGAAGCAAACAGAAGAAGUUCACUGCUGAGAUGAACAGGCGUAUGGAGGAUCUGGAGUUCAACAUCAGGAAUGACAUCAGACAAGGUUUUGUGGAUCUGCAGACAGAAAAAGCUGACCUGAUUGAAAAUGUUGGAGCGAUUCCUUUCCUGGACUACAAGCACUUUGCCUCCAGAAUCUUUUUUCCUGAGAGUGAAUCUUUGAUGAUGUCCUGUAUCAAAGACAUUGCUCAGGAUGCAGUGAAGAUUCAGCUUGAUGAAUGUUGCCAAUGCUUGUCCAGGCUGAUCCAGGAUCCGCUCUUCCUCACAUCUAUGGUGCAAGCUCUGGAGGAACAGAAAAGCUUCACCAUCAAAGACAAGUGUACAUUGGCAUCCCUACUAACAGUAGCACUCCACAGCAACUUGUUGUACCUGACAGAGAUGAUGGAGGUUCUGUUGAAAGCACUGAUGCAUCAAAACAGCAAUGCUCAGCCCAAACUGUUGCUACGACGCACCGAGUCCACAGUGGAGAAACUGUUGACCAACUGGAUGUCCAUAUGCCUUUAUGGCUUCCUCCGGGAAAGUGUUGGCCAGCACCUGUUCCUGAUGGUGAGCGCUGUCACGCAGCAGAUGGCCAAAGGACCUGUUGACUUUGUGACAGAGAAAGCUCUGUAUACACUCAGUGAGGACUGGCUGCUGUGGCAGGCUCCAGACUUCAGCUCCCUGAAGCUGAAGGUGCUGUUUGCAGUGGGCAGUGAUGGGGAGGUCAGUGAGCCUCUGGAGGUCAACACACUCAGCUGUGACACAGUAGAGCAGGUCAAAGAGAAAAUCCUAUCCACCUUCAAGGCCAAAUUUGGUUUCCCCUACAACAUUUCCCUCAGGGACGUUUGUAUUGAGUAUGAGAAGGAUAGAUCUUUUACUCCUCUUGAGGAAGUGGAUGCAAGCUCUGAGAUUAUUGGGGAGGUGACAAUGCUCAACACACUCAAGCACUACAAGGUUCCUGAUGGAGCGACAAUUAAAGUGCUUUCUAAGAAAACUCAUCCUCCUCUGAGCCCACAGGGGAGUCUGAGGGAUAAUGAGAACUUCUCUGGAAAAUACUUCCACCUGAUUGAUCCUGAUAUAGAGGAGCACCAAAGAAAGAACCCAGAGAGGAAGAAGUUAAAACUGAAGGAAGUGCACCUCACCAAGCUGCUCUCUACCAAGGUGGCGGUGCAUUCAUUUGUGGAGAACCUGUUCAAGUCUAUCUGGGGGAUGCCACACAGCAGAGCUCCGCAUGCUGUCAAAUACUUCUUUGACUUUCUGGACACUCAGGCAGACAACAUGAGGAUCACUGACACAGAUGUCCUGCACAUCUGGAAGACCAACAGUUUGCCUCUGCGCUUCUGGGUCAACAUCCUCAAAAACCCGCAGUUUGUUUUCGACAUGGAGAAGACUCCACAUUUGGACAGCUGCCUAUCAGUCAUCGCUCAGGCCUUCAUGGACUGCUUCUCACUCAGUGAGACCCAGCUGGGGAAGCAUGCACCAACCAACAAGCUCCUAUAUGCCAGAGAUAUUCCCAAAUUCAAACAGGAAGUGAAGGCUUACUACAAGCAGAUCAGAGACCAGUCACCAAUCACAGACUCAGAAUUCAAGGACUUUCUGCAGGAGGAGUCAAAGAAACAUGAAAAUGAUUUCAACGAAGCGGCAGCCCUCAGAGAGCUCUACAAAUUCAUCCAGCGAUACUUCACGGAGAUACAAGAUAAGUUUGACCAGAAUGGAGCCCCAACUGAGCUGAGGGAGCAACUACAUCAUGUUAAAAACUUGUUUGAUGGACUGAAGAGUUGCUCCUGGAACUGAGCGACCUGUCUUUCACUCAUAUGAAUGAACACACUGGAGCUAGAGCAACAUAGUGACAGAAAAGAGGAGACUCUGGCCAGCAUCUAUUAUCUAAGAUGGAAAUGAGGCACUGAGUUAGUAAAUUGUUUUAGAGUAGCUGAAAGGAGCUGCUAAUCAUGUCGGUAAUUUCAUGAGUCAGUGAGGAGUUUUAUGUCUUACAAUAAAAUACAUUCUCAGGGUUUUCUGCCCUAACGUGACAAGAAUUCUAUUGGAAACUCUGAAUCCUGUGAAGUUAUUGGCAUUAAAAUAAUCAACUUUUGAAGAUACUGAAGUGAAGCACAUAUCCUGUCAGUAGCUUAGGACAAUUCUGCUGAAUGCAGUUUUGUGACUAUGUGACACAUCUGCUGAUUGGUCUUGUGUCUGUUUCACCGAGAAGAACUAAU